UUUUGAGUUUUUCGCGGUUGCGCAGCGUAUAAGCACGCAUAAACGAAUUUAUGGAAACGUUUGCUUUCAUAAUCUGUCAAUUUUACUGAGAUUUAUUACUUUUAAUUUUUCUUUUAAAGCAGAUUCAUAAAAUCCAGAUUGGCAAGAUGGUUUUAACUGAAGAUUCGCGACCAUUUACAAUAUUACGGAAAAGUGCUCAUGACUUCAAUAUUCUAUUCAACGAAGGCAUUGAAAAAUGCCUUUCAACUUUGGAUUCUGGAAUUUCAGACCUCUUGUGUGAUCCUGAUUCCCUAGUAGGUUCAUCUACUGGUGCCAAUAGGCUAAGCGCACAUAUGGAAUUCUCAAAGGCAAAAUAUGAACUAUUUGUCAAAAUGCGAGAGUUUUUUGAAAAAUUUGAGAAAGAUUGUGUUGAGCAAAUAUCUGAAAUGAAAGAAAUGUUCCUGGAAAAUGUUGAAAUUUUCCUUGCAGGUACUAAACUGGAAGUUAAGCUACCUACAUCAGAAGCAUUAUCACAGAUUGAAAAGAAGAGGUCACCAAGCUCAAAAGUCCGUAGUGAACAUUCAACCAUAGCAUCUCCAGCAUCAUUAUAUCCGAAGUUAAUUGAUUCUGCCAAAAAACAAAUUUCUCGAUUAAGUUCACUAAUUCCAAAUGUUGAUACUUCAGAGAUUAUUGAGGAUGAUGAGGAUGAAAUGCAACAAGCUAUUUCUACUCCAGUACGGCAAAAUAAGUCUCCUAAAAGAGUAACAAUACUUACUCCACAAGAAAUGGAAAGAUUAGUUGCUGCUCAAAAAGCUGUAGAAGACUCUGCAGUUAUUGACAUAUCAGAAGAAAGUGAUGAAGAACCAGCUGUUGUAGAAAUUACAUCCAAGAGACCAGGAAGAAAACCAGCAGUUAGUACACCUGCUUCACAAAAGAAAAUUCCAGUGAGAACACCUGUACGAAGGAAUCCGGCUCCUGCUAUGAAAGAAAGCAGUAGUGACAGUGGUAGCGAUAGCAAAUCUGCUAAUACCCCCAUUCGAAGGAGAAAUACUAAAGCCAAUGAAAAAGAAGUUUAUGAAAAUAUUAAUGUUGAACAAAAAGAAGAUUCUUUACCACAAGUGGAAAUAAAAUCCAGAAGAACUACACGAUCUCAACUUUCUACCCCAACUGUCUCUACUCCAAGCUCUACAUCUGGAAGAAAGGGAAGACCUCCUCGCCGAAAGGCAGAUGCUCCAGAAGAUUCUCAGCAGGUUGAAGCUGGUCCUAAAACUCCCAAGAGUGUGCACUUUUCAUCUGACAUUGAAUCUAAUGCAGAUUCAGAAAUCCAAACCUCGGAAUUAUAUGUGCCGUUUUCAGUUGGAAUGGACAUUCAUGAAGAUUUAGAUGUGUACUCUCCUGAUGUCAAGAUUUCAAAAGCAACUCCUCGUCGAAAAACUGCAGUUUUAAGUCGAGUAAUGGAUGAUUUCUCAGAGAUUAAUUUAACUCCAGAUGUUACCAGAGGAAAAUCAAAAAGAAAAACAAUAGCUGGUCCAGUUUCAGAUGAAGCAGUUGCUCCGUCACCCAAAAGAUUAAGAACGGGACGCAGGAGCAAUAUUAUGCCAUCAACUUCUGGAGAAGAUGAGCCUAUGGAUUCUAAUUCUUUGGCUAGUGAUGGAGCUUCUGAACAAGAACACUAUUCUCCUUGGAUGCCCCUUUCAGACAUCAGUGGCAGCGUUCCCACACAACCAGGAAUUUAUGAAUUAAAAGUUGCAGCAGCUAAAAAACCUGCAUACAUUGGAGGCUGCGACAAUUUGCGCCAAAAGCUUACACUGCACAAACUGAAGCAAAAUUCUGGCCACAAACAUCUUGAUAAAUUCAUUGACCGCAACUUAUCCAACAUUUUGGUUCGAUAUGAGCAACUUUCUUCUGCUGCUGAUGCUAAAUCUGAAGAGAAAAUCCGAGUGAAAGCGUUUGUAGAUCGUUUCAAAAAUCCUCCUGCUUACAACUAAACUGCAUCAACUAUGUUAUUUGAUUUUUUUUUUUUUUAUGAAACUUCAAUGAUAAUGUAUUUUAAAUGUAAGUUUUUUGAUGAAACAUUUUAAUUCAAGUAUUUUAUUCAUUUCCAUAUCUAGUAUUUUGAAAUAAAAGUACAAAUAAUUUUGUUUUUA